UAUGGAAACCAAAGUUCUGCGAUCUGCGAUCAAAACGUAUCCCAUAAUAUUUUGAAUUCCGACCCAUGAUUCAACGCUUCUUAGCAACAAAGCCCGAGAAUUCGUUUGUAGCAACCGCUUAUUUGUUGUAAACAUGGCUGGCGUUGAACAAGGUAACGUUAGUAACGAGGAAUUUAUGGAGGAAGUUGCGCGAUAUGAGUACGUUUACCACCGCAACAGUAAAGACUUCAAAGACAAAAACAAAAAGGCUAACUCCUGGAAAAAAAUCGGGGAGAAAUUUAAUUUAUCGGCGGCGGAGGCGGAGGUCAAAUUCCGCAACAUAAGAACUGCGUAUGGUCGUUAUCUGAAGCGACUGAAAACGGUUCCUUCUGGAUCGGGGCGAGAUGCAGUGCCAAGAGAAUUUCAAAAUCUAGAAUGGCUCAAUCCACAUAUUGCUCACAGACCAUCAAGCACAAAUCUGAGAUCAAAGUCACCAGUUGGAACAGUUGAGAGCUCUUCGUCGCCAAGGAGUGACAAUGAGGACGACUUCGGCGCCGAGGUCUCGGAUGAAUCUGAAGAAAGUGUAUCCUUGAGUACUACUGAUGAUUCCAUACAAACGGAAAGCCCUGAAUUUGAGGACGUUAAUGGAAGUAACCGAGUCAAUAAAGAAACAACUGGAGAGUGUUCCAAUGGAAAGACCCCAAAAUCAUCAAGAGGCAUGCGAGCCUGGAGUGCAAAUGGGAAGAAUUCUGGAGCUGACGUGGAUAAAGCUAUCAUGAGCACCGCAAAUUCCAUUGCAGAACACUUAAAACAAAUUGGAGCCAAAAGAAAGCAGACUGAAGAACCGGAAGAUGAAGACAGUUUGUUUUGUAGGAGUUUAGUUCCAAGACUGAAGCGACUCCCCUCUCAAAGCAGGGCCUUUAUAAGGCUUCAAAUUGAACACCUGCUAUACCAAACUGAGUUUACAGGACCUCAAACACAGCCUAAUUUUCCCCAGGGUGGUUAUGGACACUCUGACUAUUCACACACCCAUGGAGUGAAUCGCGAAGAAAAUCCUCAAACUUCUAGAACAUAUUUUCAGUUAUGAAACGAAUAGCGUUCAAGCAUUGUUCGAUGUAAAUCUAAGAACCUACUGAUAAUAAUUCAAGUUUUUGGUGACAUUUAUGGUCAUUUACCAUUGGUUCAGUUAUGAAAUAUUGAAACUUUUUUCUUAAAAAAGUUGAAAAUUAAUUAAGAUAUCAACAGCAAAUUUAACAAUGUCGUUCCAGUUAUAAAGAAGCCCACAGGCCAGAUUUCUUGAUCUUGAAAUAAGUUAAAUAAUGAUCGAUUCAUAUGUGGGGGUAUAUAUUUUAUUAGAAUCAAUCACAAACAAUGUUCCAGUUAUUAUGUAUGGAGAAUAGUUAUACCAAAAAAGAACAUUGGUUAAUUGUCAAUUACUGAUUCCUACUGAUAAGUUGAAUAAAUUUUCUGAAAAGA